CCAUUUAAAACACUGUCAAGAAGCAGCCAUCAACGCGUCUUACUGAUGAUUGCAGUCGCAUGGUUUUGGUCCCUUAUGUGGAGCUCACCUCCUUUCUACGGUUUUGGUCGCUAUAUCCCGGAUGGACUGCAGACAUCUUGCAGUUUUGACUACCUUGCACACAAUGUCAACAAUUAUAUACAUGUUGCAGGAAUGCUCUUUUGUGGGUUACCGAUUCCAGUCGGCAUAAUUUCGUUCUGCUACAUUCGAAUCAUACAGGUUAUCAAGAGAAGCAUCCGAAGCUUAUUGAGAGUUUCCGCUUCUAGCAACUUCAACAGUAUGCAUCCACGUGGAGCACACGAAAAAUCUGUCGUGCAAGUCGCCAAAAUGUCGGCUAUUACAAUCAGCAUCUUGCUUAUUUCAUGGCUUCCAUACUCUACAUUGGCCAUUCUCUCUCUUAGCGGUUACCGCACCAGUUUGACACCAAUCUCCGUCGAGAUGGCUAUCAUUCUUGCCAAGUCCCAUCCCCUCUGGAAGCCGAUGGCUUUCAUAUUUAUGAAUGAAAGGUUCCGCGCUCGGUUGGUCAAAAGGGUAUCGUGCCUGACUAAGUUCUAUAAGGCACGCUGCGUUUGCAUAAUUCCGGCCUUCUCCACUUAA